AUGUCUUCCUAUCUCAUCACUGGUGCGAGUCGUGGUCUCGGAUUCGAAUUCGUUCGGCAUCUUGCUCAGAAUCCGAAAAAUACUGUCAUUGGCCUCGUCCGGAACAAGGCUGCAGCUGAUUUAAAGGCCAAGGAAGAGGGACUGCAUAAUUUCCACAUGGUCGAGGCUCAGUAUACUGACCUGGUGUCCUUGAAGAAAGCCGCAGAAGUAGUCAAAAGUAUCACUGGAGGGGCUCUGGACUAUCUGAUCAACAAUGCCGCCGUCGUCUCGCGCGUCACCGGGUUUAAAACUCUGGGAGACUUUGACGAUGAUUUCGAGCCUUUGGAAAGAGACAUAUUGGAAUCGCUGGAAGUCAACCUCAUAGGCGUCAUCAAGACAAUAAAUGCCUUUGUAACUCUCAUUCAAAAUGGCAAGGGCAAAAAGGUUAUUGCUCUCUCCACUGGUAUGGCUGAUCUCUUCCUGAUCAAUGCGACCGAACUCGCUUUCGCCGCCCCGUACGCUAUCAGCAAGGGCGCCUUGAAUGUCGCCAUUGCUAAGUACAACGCACUUUACAAACAGGAGGGCAUUCUCUUCCUUGCCAUUAGUCCUGGAUAUGUGUCGACUGAGGGGAACACAGUUGCACCGCCACCAGAAGAUGCUGAAAAGGUAGCUACUCUUGUGGGCAAGUUCAUCGAGUAUGCGCCACACUUUAAGAGCCCUCUGACACCGGAGGAGUCGGUUACUGCUGUCCUUUCUGUGAUGGAUAAAGCCUCAAUUGCGAACGGAGAUGGGGGUGCGUUCAUUUCCCACUUAGGGAAUAAACAGUGGUUGUAA